AUGGCGAGCGAGACGCCGACAACGAUGGAGCCGGCUCCGCGCGAGCGCCCAACGCUCGAGUACCUGCGCGGCAAGCGAGAUGACCCGAACGACGAAGAGUACAAGGCCAUACUCCGAGCCAAGUGGUCGUGCCACGUCAUUCGCUCCAAAAUUCGCAUCUUGCUCGCCCGGCGGAUUUUGUCCGAGGCCAACCUCAUCACGCGCAUGGGUACGACCCGCCGCGCGUACGACGACUUCAUGGCGCUCACUGAACCGACGGAUGGCGCCGACAACCCGACGUACGCCGGUGGCUUGCACUACUUCUAUCAGGCCGACAAGGUGGAUGCGGAGAUGCGCGAGCUCCGCGCGAUGGCGUCCGAGUCGACAGCAGCGCAGCGCAGAGCCCGCUUGGCCAAGAAGGCCGCCGAGGCCGAGGACGACGAGCCGCUCGCGCCAAAGAAGAAGAAAGCCAAGAAGGACCCGAAGAAGGACGCGGCGCCCAAGGUGCACAAGAGCUCGGACCGCCUCAACGAGAUCGAAGCGGUCGAGUUGCCGGAAGAGCUCAUGGUCUUUGACGACUGCGACGAAGUCCGUGACCACAUGCGGCGCUUCUUCGAGGCAAAGGAGUGCACUCAGAGCGCGAUGGCCGUGCACUUCAAGUUCUCGGUCGGCUCGAUCCGCAAAUUCCUCGCGAUGCGUGGACCGCGCCAGGGCAGUGGCAGCAUCGUGUACAAGGCCGCGUACUACUUUUUCGAGAAGCUGCGCAUCCUCGAGGAGAAGCCCAAGACGGCAAAGCGCAUCAUGAUGGAAGAAGCCAUGCCACAAGGGUACGACCUCGUGCGCGACCCGACCUACCGCGUCGUCGCCCCGCUGCUCGUGGCCGACGGCUACACGGUCUACACGAUCGAUUUGCGCGGGUCCGGCGACUCGUCGGCCAACUUUGCGUCCUACACGGUCGAAGACGUGACGGCCGACAUGGUUGCUUUUCUCCGGCGCCUUCCCGAAACCAAAGUCGUCGUCGUCGCCAACAGCUUUACGGCAGCGUGCACGAUGCUCUUGGCCUCGUCCCCCGUGGCAAGCAAGCUCGCAGGUGUCGUCAUUUUGGGACCAUUCGCGCGGGACCCGCCAGGGUGCGGCCCGAAGCUGUUCAAGAUGAUUGCGCCGGCCAUGUUUCCUCGACUGUACGGCGCAAGCAUGUGGACGACCUACUGGAAGAGCCUCUUUCAGACACCUCCAGCCGACUUUGACGACUACAAGGCCUUUUUGGGAGCCAAUUUGAACCAGCCGGGUCGUCUCAAUGCGCUCGUGAAGCUUAUUCAAGCGUCCAAGGCCAACGCUGGCAACGCCAUGUCCAGCUUCAAUCUCCCGCUCGUGAUCGGCAUGGGAUCUUUGGACCCCGACUUUGCAUCGCCGGCCGCCGAAGCCCAGUUCAUUUACGACACGGUCCAGAGCUCGUGGAAGCGCAUCUCAAUGUACAAGAACGCCAAGCACUACCCUCAGAUCGACUGCGCCGAGGCCGUUCGCCAGGAUGUUCUCGCCCUUCUCCAAGAGGUGGCCGAGUAGCAAUAGCCUUCGCCUGCACAUGAAACUACAUUCGAUUCCGUUUACAGAUAUAUGCAAACAAACAUAAAGAUGAGACGUUGUCGCUUGGG